UAUAUAAUGCAGAAUACUUUACCCAUCGUUUUAUAUGUGUCAUUAACUUUCGUUUCAAAUUUACCGUUUUCUUCAAGUUCCGACACUGACGGAGAUUUAGCCGAAGGUACAUGGGGGCCAUGGCAAAAGCCGUCAGAUUGUAAUCCAGUACACAGAACUGAGACAGAUACAGCGAAGAUUACACGACGGUUUUGUAACAGUACCGAUAUCAAUGACGGCAAAGAACUUUUUUGUGAUGGAGUUUUUAAACUCGCUGUAAAAUGCGAAGAAAAUUUAUCGGGAGUCGUACGCGGAUUCUUGGCUGCUGAGAAGUCAUGGCCUUGGCAGGUUUUUAUCGAACUUGACGAUGGUGCAGAUCAAUGUGGAGGGAGUUUAAUUUCUGAUACGUGGAUACUGACUGCUGCCCAUUGCUUUAACAGAGGGCGGAAAAAGGCAACGAGAAUAGCAUAUAGCAGCAGGAAUAAAACUGCACCAGAGCCUUUUGCAGUCAAUACAAAACCUGAAAAAGUGAUUUGUCACGAAGAUUUUAAUUCUCGAGACUUGUCAAAUGACAUUUGUUUGAUAAAGAUACCAUGGCAAGAAAAUAUGGGAUAUGCGAAGCCUAUACCUUACGCGAUGGAAACAAAUGCAAGCAUAUCAAACGGAACUGAGUGUGGUGUCGCAGGAUGGGGUUAUGAUGAACAUGGUAAUCUGCCAGAACUCUUACGUCAAGCUGGAGUGAAAAUUAUCGACAGAAAACAAUGUGUCGAAUGGUACAAAAAAAGUGGGACAAAAAUUCCGGCAAAUACUAUUUGCGCUGGGCACAUAGGGGGCGGUGCAGAUACAUGUGGUGGGGAUAGUGGCGGUCCGUUUGUCUGCAUGAGCGAUAAUUCAACACGCUUCUUGUACGGUAUAACUAGCUUCGGUCCUGUACAGUGUGGAUCAAAACAAUCACCUGGCAUUUAUACGAAAGUCGGAAACUUUUUGCCUUGGAUUAAAAAAACAAUUGACGACGCAGACCAAGGAUAUCAUUGGAGUCCCUGGACUGAAAGAUGCAGUGUUACUUGUGGUGAAGGCAACCUGAUGCUUUAUCGUUCUUGUCUCAACAAAAAUAACGAUACCGUCAGUCCGGAUAAAUGUAUUGGUCCUGAUUUCGACAUUGACAUUUGCGCUCUUCCGAUAUGUAUUGACUAUACAUGGACGCCGUGGAAAGGCGAAUGUGACGUCAACUGUGGAAUAGGUUUUAUGAAUGUAACUCGCCAUUGUUUGGACGAAGACAAUAAAACUGUGGAUCCAAAGCUAUGUGGCGAAGAACCUGCAAAAGCACGUGCAACAUGUUAUAACACAAAAAGAUGCUCAGAUAACGUCUUGUGCAAUACUUCAUCCAGUGAUUUCUUUCAAAAAAAAUUUGUUGCCAUUUGUCCACCUGGAUGUCCACUGCCAAGCAUAGGAAAACCUGCGGUGUGGGGAACAGACAUUUAUACAGACGACUCUUACUUAUGUGCUGCUGCUAUUCACAGUGGAGUGAUUGAAGCGAAAAAAGGUGGUGAAUUCACAGUUUGGAAAAUUGAUGGUCAACGUAGACAUAGAGGUUCCACAAGGCACGGAAUUACUUCAAUAAACUACGGAUCAUGGGAAGCUUCAAUUGUGUUUGACGAUCCGGAUGCAGUUUACACAUGGGGCCCUUGGGCAUCCUCACUAUGUAGCGUCACUUGUGGGUUAGGGUUUAUAACAAAGCGCAGAAUUUGCUACACGGGAAAUAAAAAUGCAAGCAAUUGGAAAUGCGAAGGCGAUGCGGAGAUGAUGGAGGAAUGUGAGGAACCGGUUUGCGAAGAAAUGCAAAUGUCUUUUUGGGGACCCUGGAUAGAGAGUGACUGUAGUGUAACGUGUGGAACUGGAGAGAUUUCUCGAGUAAGGCAUUGUAUGUCGCAUAUCAUGAAUGCUCCCCCAUGUAGUACCAGUAUCUCACAAGACACAAUACCAUGUGAAAAACCUGCUUGCAAAGAAAUGAAAAUGCCUUUUUGGGGACCCUGGAUAGAGAGUGACUGUAGUGUAACGUGUGGAACUGGAGAGAUUUCUCGAGUAAGGCAUUGUAUGUCGCAUAUCAUGAAUGCUCCCCCAUGUAGUACCAGUAUCUCACAAGACACAAUACCAUGUGAAAAACCUGCUUGCAAAGAAUCUACGUGGGGACCGUGGUUAUCGUCUCCAUGUAGCGUUACCUGUGGAGUGGGAGAGAUUACGCGACUAAGGGGUUGUAUGUCGGGUGACAGUUGUAUUGGAGACUCCGAAGAAAGAACGCUAUGCUUGAAUCCUCCAUGUAAAGAAUAUAAAUGGGGCGAAUGGCAAGGAGAUUGUGCUAUAACUUGUGGGAACGGAUUAGUAUUACAAAGAAGAAUAUGCUUGGAUAAAAAUGUAACGGUUGACAUCAAAAAUUGUGAAGGGAGCUCAACUCGUAUUCAGCCUUGUAAUCAAUCUCCAUGCAAAGAAUAUAAAUGGGGUGAAUGGAAAGGAAAUUGUGCCGUUACGUGUGGAAAAGGAUUAGCAUUACAACGAAGGUGGUGUUUGGAUAAAAAUGUAACUGUUGACAUCAAAAAUUGCGAAGGAAGCUCAUUUCGUCUUCACAAUUGCAGUCAAUCUCUAUGCAAAGAAUAUAAAUGGGGUGAAUGGCAAGGAAAUUGUGAUGUAACUUGUGGAAACGGAUUAGUAUUACAAAAAAGAAUGUGCUUGGAUAAAAAUGUAACUGUUGAAAGUGAGAACUGCGAAGGAAACUCAACUCGCACACAGACCUGUACUCUACCUCCUUGUAAAACAAUUUCCUACCGUUGGGGUUCUUGGAGAGAUCAAUGUAGUGUAACAUGUGGAAUUGGAAUACGAAGAUCAGAAAGAGACUGCUUGGAUGACAAUGACAGAAUUGUAGAUAAUACACUUUGUGGCCAAGAACCUGCAACUAGAAGAGGAAUUUGUCGUCUACAAUCCUGUGUACGAAUAUCACCAGAAUAUUCCUGGGGUGAGUGGGAAGUAAUUUCAGAAUGUACAGCUUCGUGCGAUGGUGGUACAGAGAUUAAGUCUCGAAAUUGCCAAAACAGAGAAAAGCGAUUCGUAUCCGAUGCCAACUGUGGGUCUGGUGACAGCUUCAGACUGGAAGAAUGCAAUAAAAUGAAGUGCAUUGAUAGUGGACAAGUAGCAACAAGAGAGCAAGCUGAUGAAGAAACAUUUUCCUGGGGAAACUGGCAACCGUGGUCGUUAUGUCGUCUUGCUCUAUCCAGUUUAGACCGGUGUAAAGGUUUCCAAUCUCGUUUGCGAUAUUGCAACAGUCGUGGACGAGAUGUCGCGCCACACUUUUGCAAUUCGGAUUUCCAGAAUUAUAGAGAACGAGCUUGUCCAUUACCUGGCUGUUGACGACGAAUACCUACUAAUCUGAUAUUACUGUAACCAACAUGCGACGAUGUGUAUUCAUUCCUAAAUAGACCGACGAAUGCUAUUAGUGUUAUUUUGUCGAAAAAUGAAAUGAGUAGCGGACACAAUUUUAAACAAAUGGUUGAUUCACCGUUCCGAUAUAUAUAUAUUCUUGGCAAUUUUUAAAGUUUUCAAAAGAUCCUCAAACCUUCACGAAACAAGGCGCUGAAGGGUAUAAACGGCAAGUGAGCCCUGUCUGUUACUCAUACGUUGCUCUGACUGCUUUAGUUUGAUUGUAAUUCAUAGAGCAAAUAAUAAAUAUAAUGCGUGAAUCAAAA